GCGAAAAAAUGAAGGCCCAAACAAUUGCGAAGGUGGUGAGUGCGGUGGUGCUGGUGGUUCUGGUGGGUCAAACGGCUGGAAACACAGCAAUCAGCUGCCACAGUUGCGAAGGAGCCAAUUGCCAGAGGGUUCAGCUCACUAAAACUCAAUCCUGUGUGGAUUCCUUGGACUACUGUGUGACCAUCUAUGAAGAAGCUAAGGUUCUGUUCAAGGGUUGCUCUCUAGAAAUUCCCUAUGAGCUGCGUUCGAAAUGUCAGGAUAAUCGCUCUUGUUACAAGUGUAACACCAAGGAAUGCAACAAUGUGGGUUCGGCAAAAUAUGCCUGCAUUCAGUGUGAUUCCAGCAAGGACUCCAAUUGCGCUUCGAAUGCCGCCGUUUUGGAAGCUGCCCGCUGCAGUGCGCCCACUGCUCCAAAUUCGUAUUGCUAUGCUAAGACCUCGGGUGGAUCUAUUGUGAGGGGCUGCUCCACCACCGAAACUGAUCAGCAGACUUGUCUGAAUGAUGCCAACUGCCUGCUCUGCUCGCCUGGAGAUAUUAGGAACUGCAAUGCGGCCAACAUCUCCGAGAGCUCUAGUGCUGGAAAUCGCUUCAUUCGUUUCCUAAGAUAACUGGAAUGAAAGUCAAAUUUGUAAAAUAUUUAAUAAAUAAAAUAACGAAAUGCAAAAACAAAUUA